CAAAUAUCCCUCACUGGCCACAACUCUCGCCAGCAUGUCCAACGAGAGAAUAAGGGGCAUACACGUCCACCGCCCCGUCAUAUACGGCUCUCACGCCAGGCUCCUCACCGAGGCAGAGCGUCAACUCGCACCGCCAGGCCAUACGCACCGCUGGACUGUUUUUAUCAACUCUGCCGCCUCCCCGCCUCCUUCUGAUGCCGAGGACAUCGACUAUCUGCCAGGCGGGGCGGAUGACAUGAGUUACUUUAUCAAGAAAGUGACUUUCAAACUGCACGAGACCUAUGCGACUCCCAAUCGAGUGAUUGACAAGCCCCCAUUCAAAGUCUCAGAAACAGGAUGGGGUGAAUUCACCGUCGCUAUCCGGAUCCAAUUCAUCAACGAAUCCCUCGAAAAACCCUUAAACUUUACGCACAACAUCAAGCUGCACCAUAUGAACCAGCCUGCCGACCUGCCGGUGGUCACUGCGGCGCCCUCGGAAGCUGGGGCAGAAGGCAGUGUGGCUGGUGAAGUGAAGGAAGAAGUGGAAGAAGGUGUCAAGAUGGAAGUCGAUACGCCGGCAGAGACGCCUAUCGACACACCUGCUCCUACUGCAGCCCUCGCUCCAGCCCCUGCUGCUGCACCCGGCCAAGAAAGCACCCCUGCCCCAUCAGACCCUUCUCAACAGGCCCCGCCAUCCACAUCCACCCCCGCUCCCGAGAUCGCUCCCUCCACACCCGCUUCCACCCUUCCCGCUCCAUACGCCGCCCCAGUACACUCCUGGCAAUACGACGAAAUCGUCUUCCACGACCCUCCCAGGGUCUUCCUCGACAUUCUCAAUGCACACCCGCCGACGGCCCUGCCGCCCAAGAAUAGAAGGGCGUUUUUGACGCAGAGGCAGGAGGCGGAUGGGAAGAAGAAGAAAAAGUUGAAUAGCGGGCUUGCUGGGAGCAGUGCGCCUCCGAGUGCUGCUGGGAGUGUUGCGGGGAGGAGCCGGGCAGGGACGGCAGAAACGGGGGCUGGGAUUCUUGGUACACCGGUACCAGACAUGGGCCAGCCUAUACCCAAUAUUCUCGGAGUGGUGGGCAAUCAAAUGAGCACUCUGGAUGUACCGUUAGAGUUUUCGCAAGAGAUGGCAAAGGGAGAGAACAACUUGAUGGUGGAGGCGAGGAUCAAGAUUGUGGACCAGAUGGACCAAUGGAGAGAACGUCUGAUUGCGUUGGAAAAGGAGCUAGUAGCGGCCAAGGAAGAGGUCAAGUCCACGGCUUUGUGAUACUCGAGCAUAUAGGACUGAGUAGUGUUGUACAUGUUAUGGAAUGAUCUAUUA